AUGGCAAAAGAGAACAAACUGAAAGGGAUGAAGCUAGAGUCAUUACUGAGUGAUGCCUUCAAGGGAAAAGGAUUUCAGAAAAUAAAAGAAAUAAUCCAAGGGAAUGAGAUUUAUCCUCAGAAGUACAGCAAGCAACUAUUAAACCAACUGGACAAAGUUCUAAAAAAGGAACUGGACAAAAAUGAGUUCACAAAUGUAUCCCUUUUGUUGAAGUGCAUUCAGCAGUAUUGUAGAAGUGAUCCUCGAGAUGGUGUAAAUUUGCUUCUUCAGGAGGGAUUGAUAGCAAAGAUAAGUGGAAAACUAGCUUUGAGACAUUCCUUUGACUUUGCAUCUUGUUUGUUUUACAUGGUCAUUUGGUUUGAAAGAACCAGAGAAUUUCUGAGCCUGAUAGAACCAAGUGAAAGUACAUUCUUGGUCCACCUUGUUGAAGACUUCUUCGACACUGCCUUGAUUAUCGGCAAAAGCAACGCUGAAGGGAAAAAGCAGUUGCUGGAGUCUUUCAUACCAUAUUUAGGACAUCUAGCUGCUGAUUCUCAUGUGAGCUGUUUCCUUCGACAGGAGGCUUUGAGAACCUUAAACACUCUGCUAGAUAACACUGGAAAAGAGGAGAAAAAGAAGUUUGCCGGGUCUGAAGAGAUGUGUCUGCUUAUGAAAGAACUUGCAAAAGCAAUUCUGGAUGUUGGUGACUAUGAUAUCCAGAUUGCUAUUGUGGAAGCCCUGUUCAGGAUAAUGUUGAAAAAGCUGAGAGACGAUCUUGUUCACAACUGGUUUGAAGAUCAAUACCUUGCUAAGGCUUUUAGAGAAAUCAAAGAAAGAGAUUUUGAGACAGAUUCCAGGUUAUUUCUUAACAAAUUGAAUGAAAGACUUGGAGAUAAAAGAAGGUAA